GGUCUUUUACUUCUUUGCUCUCAUCUCUUCUCUCGCUGGUUCUUUGUUCCUCUACUGCUUCUUUGAUCCUCUGCUGGUGCUGGUUCUUUGUUCCUCUGCUGGUGCUGGUUCUUUGUUCCUCUGCUGGUGCUUUGUUCCUCUGCUGGUGAUGAGUACAGUCGAUGAUUAUAGCGGUGAUGAAAGUGACGAUGAAAGGGAAAAGAAAGAGAUUUUACAACACAUGGAAUGUUUUAACCGAUUAUUUGUUGUUGCAUCUUCUUCCGUGCAAUUAUAUUACGAGAAGUAUAUAUUGAGGCAACCAUGCAUGGAUUCAAAACAAUCAGGUGAGACAUGGAUCCGAGAGAUUCUUGACGGUCACGAAUCACGUUGUAUGAUUAAUUUUAGGAUGUCUAAAAUGGUAUUCACAAGUUUGCUGAGAGUUUUGGAGACAAGAUACAACUUGCAAACUUCAAGAAGCAUAUCUUCUACUGAAAUGUUGGGAAUUUUUUAUACAUCUUGGGCACCGGUGCAAAAGUUUCCCAAUGUCGAGAAAGAUUUCAAAGAUCUGGAUCAACAAUAAGUCGACACUUUACAGUUGUGCUUAAGAAAGUUUCAAGGAUGGCCACUGAUCUAAUUGCACCCGAAGAUCCUUUUUUUAGCUCAAUACCCGAACAAAUACGUAAUGAUUCUAGAUAUAUGCCGCAUUUUAAGGAUUGCAAAGGUGCAAUUGAUGGUACUCACAUUGCGGCUAUUCUUCCACCAAAUGAACAAAUUCCCUAUAUUGGAAGAAAAUGUAUCCCGACUCAAAAUGUUAUAGCAGUAUGUGAUUUUAAUAUGUGUUUCACAUUUGUCAUGGCUGGAUGGGAAGGAUCGGCACAUGACACUAGAAUAUUUCUUGAUGCAAUUCGAGAUCCAAAAGACAAAUUUCCGCACCCUUCAAAUGGAAAAUAUUAUCUUGUUGAUUCUGGGUAUCCUCAAAUGAAAGGUUAUCUCGGACCAUAUAGAGGUCAGCGAUAUCAUUUACCUGACUUCCGUAGAGGUAGACCAAUAUCUGGUAAAGAAGAGAUAUUCAAUCAUUCACAUUCAUCAUUACAUAGUGUGAUUGAACGAACUUUUGGUGGUUUGAAAAAAAAAAUGGGCCAUUUUAAGGGAUAUGCCAAGUUAUAGUUUUGAAAAGCAAACGAUGAUCGUUGUUGCUACAAUGACGAUACACAAUUUUAUUCGAAAACAAGUCGGUCGAAAUGAUGCAGAUUUUAUGGAAUACGAAGAUAUUAACUGGGCAUAUGAGAAUAAUAUUGAUUCAGAAAAUGUUCAUGGUCGAGGAAGUGAUGAUGAUGAUGACAACGACGACGAUGAAAGUGACGAUGACGGUGAAUCAAACAAUUUUAGUAGUUUUGAAAUGGAAUUAACAAGAGAUGCUAUAGCUUCUAGUUUAAUGAAUUCACUUUAAAUUGUAAAUGCAAUUGUAAAAUUUUUAAUAUUUAUAUCUGAUAUAUAAAUAUUAUCCCCUUUUUAAAAA